AUGUCAGCCCAAGAACUAUCUGAUCCGGCCGUCGAGUACAGAUGGCACAACCACCGACUACGAUCUUAUUCUCAAGAAGCAUCUGAUCCGGCCGACUUUGGCGAUACAUUGCCAGUCCGAGGAGCACCAUCCGAUCCGGUCGACUUCUACGAUACAUCGCCGGACGCUCCUCUGCCUCUUGAUACCGGCGCGCUUCUACAAGACAGUCCUUCUGCAGAUCUUUUCCACCCGCAUACCAUUUUGAUCCUCGCGCCGAUCUUCUUCACUGGCUGGAAGGCGUUUCACCGCGCCGGAGCCGUCAGGCUAACACAGGCUGAUAUCGUUGCACCAGAGGGAUUAGGGAUCGCUGAGACUGUUCAGGAGGAGACUAAGGUCGAGGACGAGCUUCUUGCCAAGGUCUCGGUCACACAAGAGACUGGCGAACAAGCACCGGCCAUUCUUGCGGCUGCUGAGGAACACCGCCGACGCUACGAAAGGAAGACCACAUGGUGUCAGUCACUCGUCUACAACGACCGUCUCCGCCAUUUCGGAAAAAGUCAAGGAGCCAAAGCGAGCCGCUCAUGUCUCCCCUAA